AUGGACAAGAUGAAAGAUAUUUCGUAUGCGUUAGUAGUAGGGAGCAUCAUGUAUGCUCAGGUCUGUACGUAUCCGGAUAUUGCUUUUGUGGUUGAAAUGUUGGGCAUGUACCUUAGCAAUCCAGGGAUAAACCAUUGGAUAGCUGUUAAGAAAGUAUUGAGCUACCUGCAAAGGACAAAGGGCUUCGCACUCACGUAUAGGACAUCCGACCAUUUGGAGCUGGUUAGAUAUACAGAUGCAUUUUUUGCGGGCUGUGUCAACAGCAAGAAGUCCACCUUGGGCUAUAUGAUUUCGACACUAUUGAAAAUCUAUUGUGAUAAUUCAGCUGCAGUUAACUUCUCCAACAACAACAAGCAUUCAUCAAUGUCUAAACAUAUUGACAUUAAGUAUCUUGUUGUGAAGGAGAGAGUUCAGAAUUGUCAGGUGUCUGUAGAACUUAUCGACAUGAGGUAG